AUGGUCCAGUACGUGGCUCCCAAGACAUGUGCCUUGGUUUUCCCAGUUUUCCUAGGACUAAAGGGCCACAAAGUCACCAAGAACGUGAGCCAGCCGAGGCACAGCCGCUGCCGCGGGCGCCUCACCAAGCACACCAAGUUCGUGCGGGACAUGAUCCGGGAGGUGUGUGGCUUCGCACCCUAUGAGCGACGCGCCAUGGAGCUGCUCAAGGUCUCCAAGGACAAGCGGGCCCUCAAGUUCAUCAAGAAAAGGGUGGGGACACACAUCCGCGCCAAGAGGAAGCGAGAAGAACUCAGCAAUGUCCUGGCUGCCAUGAGGAAGGCAGCUGCCAAGAAGGACUGA